AUGAAGGUUGUCGCAGCUUACCUGUUGGCCGUCCUUGGUGGCAACGCAUCUCCUUCAGCUGAGGAUGAUGUGAAGGGCAUUUUGAGCUCUGUUGGGGCUGAUUGUAAUGAGGAAAGAAUUGAGCUGUUGCUGUCUCAAGUUGCCGGAAAAGAUAUCACUGAGUUGAUUGCUGACGGGAGGGAAAAAUUGGCUUCAGUGCCUGCAGGUGGUGCUGCACCUGCUGCUGCCGAGGCGAAGAAAGAAGAAAAAGUAGAAGAGAAAGAAGAGUCUGACGAUGACAUGGGCUUUGGGCUCUUUGACUAG